UUAAGGUUAGUGAUAAAAGGGAAAAAAAUUUUUUUCAUUGUUUAUGAUUGAAAUGAUAAACGUAUCGCGAGUGUGUUGGUAUCAAUCAUCAAACAACCGUGAUGAUAGAUUUUACUAAAAUCGCAUAUUUUUAUGACACGUUACACAAUUGCACGUGACAGAAACGCUUUUGACCAAGUAUUGUCGAACGUUUUCGUCAAAUAAGUAUCUCUUGACUGCAGUCGGGGAUCAUCAUAAAUCCAUUCGGCGAAAUGGCAGAAGCGGAGAAUGUCAAUCAGGAUUUUGAUGUAGAUGAGAAGUAUAGAGUGUACGCAAGUGUAUCAUUCGCAAUGCUGCUAUUAGGAAUCGGCAUUCCCCUUUGGUGGCACACCACGGCGGUGCCUCGUGUUGCACUUCCCUACACCGGAAUCGACGAGCUAUCACAGCUGGACAUCAGGAUUACCACGAAGAUUACGCUCGCAGCGUUCUCGCACGCUCGUGCGGAAUUGCUCGUACGUGAAAUCAGAAAUGCGUUUAUGAAUGCUGAAAUCUACCAAUUGGAUGUGAAGUACCAAGUUAUCUCUAACAAUCUGCUGGCCUACGCCUUUACAUAUCACGAGCUCGAGAAGGUGGCUUCGACUUUCGAUUUGGAUGUGGGUGGUUUGUUGCUAUUAGAAGCGACAAAUCUAAAUGAUGCCGUUCUAGUCGGUUCAAACAGAACGCUAUAUUUCUCUACCAAAACCAGUGCUUCUAAAUUGGUGCAAGUAUUGUCGGAAUGGAUUCUUCAUGACAAAUCAUUGGCACUGACAAAGAACGCGCUUGCCGAACCCACCAUGUAUAGCUUGGAUGAGGAGAAUAGAAGACGAUUCCCAAUCAGUUCGGCAUACGACGUUCUAAUCACCUUAGUUAAUCCUGAUCCCGAGAAGCUGAAGAUCGAUUGGGACUUAAGGAUAGUGACUGAAGAAUAUAUACAGCCGUUUCUAGACGAACUGUCCAUCUUGAGUAAUUUCUCGGUCAAGUCGCAGUGGCUUUAUCUGCUGCCAUUAGAUGUGAAUCCCAGACGCGUGCCUGAUAGCAGCCCGAGCCGCAGGCAUUUCGCCUUACGCGAGAGCGUCUUGCCACAGCUGGUGACGCCAUUGGAGAAAAAAUUAGCGUCACAGGUCAGUCUUCAUCCGUGCAUUAACUUGGUCAUCUAUGCAGUACCAUGCAGUAGCGCGCCACUGCAUAUCUACACUCGCAGCGGACAUAAGUCGCGAACAGACAGUAAUGUAGAAGCCUUCCUCUCUCCGAGGUGGGGUGGCGUGGUUUUGAUUAACCCACCAUCAAAAGCUUGCGAAGAUACGCGGGAGAAUGAAACCGUCAUUAUUGUUCCCGAGGAGACCGCUGUAGUAGGCACGUUCUUAGCACAGCUCAGAUUAUUGUUGGGCAUCUCUGAAAGGAAACCCAUCGAUGAAGUCACGACGGUGCCGUUGGUGGGGCUAAAAUCGCGCGACUGGGAAAUCGAUUCUUUACUGAGGUUUCGCACCGUCGAACAAUUGACCUCGGCGAAACUAACUCUGCAGUCAUUGGCACGGCUGUUGAAGGAGAUCAGCAACAUCGUUAUCUCGGACGUAGUCGGGAACAGGAUUAAGACUGCACUCGAGCUGGUGCACGAAUCCGCAAAAUAUCUUCGAAAUGGCGAUCUCGAACGAAGCUUCAUUCUCAGCAAGGAAGCCUUUGUCACUGCCGAAGCGGCUUUCUCUGACCCGACACUUUUGGCGCUCCUCUACUUUCCGGAAGAUCAAAAAUAUGCAGUGUAUAUUCCCUUGUUUCUUCCGGCGAUGAUACCGGUGUUGUUAUCACUUAAGAAUAUACGAAGAUAUUACUUCCUCUAGAAGAGUAACAAGAUAAGGACGGGCUGUAGAGAAAAUAAAAAUGAUAAGGAUAGUAAACCAAAGAUCGAAUAUGAAAUGAUAAUGCAUUUAUCUGAUCGAUAAGACAUGAUUACGUGUAUACAAUCGAAUGCGAUUCAAUAUUAUUUCUUGAUCAAAAGAUAAUGUAUAGCAAUAAUAGACAUGUAAUUUCAUACGUUUCUUAUAGUUUAUAUAUAUCAAGUUUCGUGCAGUGACUGUUUAUCGCAAGAAAAAGCUAUUAUCUGUUUUCUUUAUUAUUCAUUGCGCAUAGUAAAAAGAAUGUGUGGCUAUCGUAUUUCGAGUAUCGAUCGAGUCAUAUUACAUAAUGUUAGACGCUUAAAGACGGUUGUUGUCCAUAGAUGGUAUCGUGUAAUGAUCAUUAAGUACCACAAUAGAGUUGUAAGAAUUUUUAUUCACUGCCGGCAAUAAUUUCGCAUCGAAUAUUCUCUCGCGAAAGAAAAUAAGUGAAAGGAAAAUUUAUGAAGAAAACGCUAAUAACUCUGUUUUAUUCUGUUUGAAGAGGCAAUGAUUCGAUGAAAUGAAUGUAUGAAGUCACAUAUGUGCGAAAAUAUAAUAAACAAUUUCUUGAGCCA